AGAGUCAGUGCAAUUAAGAAGAUACUAUGAUAAGCAUCCUGAGGCAUCACUUGGAGGAUGCAGGGGGCUCUUCUAAGCCUGUCUCUUAGAGCUGUUAGGCACUGAAGGAAAUAAGGGACAGAAUACCUUUUGGGCGUACCCCUUUGCUUAUCUGAAAUAUAUUGGCCCUUGAGGUGGUGGCUUAACCAGAUCUUACUUGACAAAUCAUUGGAUGCAUGAGCUGCAAGGAGCCAGGUGUGGGCAUUGCAACUGCCCUUGGGCUCAGAGCCAGAGUAGGAUCACCCAGAUGUCGAAAUGAGACCAGCUGAGACUGUACCUAGUGCCUGAACCCAAGCAUGUAAAUAUUUUCUUUGAGGGUGGGUGUUAGACAGUUAACUAAAAGAAGCUAUAAUGCUGCAGAUCCUUCUAAAUAAUCUUUAUUUCAUUUCUUUAUUCUUGGAUCCAUGCUCAAUUUCACUUCCAAGUUUUCUAGGAAAGUAAGUUCUUAUUAAAAAGGAACUUGCUUUCUUCUGAUGUCCAAACAGAUGCCGUGAAAUUGUAACAGAUCUGCCCAGAAGUAAGCAACCUAAGGUUGAAUUGGCCCUCAGUCUGUUUAAUAACUGGAUCCUGAUCCCAACUGCAUUUACUAAAUUGUGUCAGAGUAGAAGAGCAUCAUGCUGUUGACAUUGACCUGUACCACUGUCCUAAUUGUGCAGUACUUCAUGGAGCCUCCUUAAUGAAGAAGAGAAGGAAUUGGCACAGACAUGACUAUACAGAAUUUGAUGCUGAUUCUAGGCCAGUUCAAGCUGGAACACGAAGAUUUGUCAAAGAUCUGCGUGCCCGAUCGUUCCCAAGUGCUGAUGAAAUCAUUUUGAAAAUGCAUGGCAGCCAGCUGACACAAAGAUACCUGGAAAAGCAUGGGUUUGAUGUUCCCAUUAUGGUUCCUAAAUUAGAUGGCUUGGGUCUCAGACUUCCUCCUCCUUCUUUCUCUGUUCUGGAUGUGGAACGAUAUGUAGGUGGUGAUAAAGUGAUAGAUGUUAUUGAUGUGGCAAGACAGGCAGACAGUAAAAUGAAGCUCCAUAAUUAUGUUAAGUAUUUCAUGAACCCUGACAGACCAAAAGUAUUAAAUGUGAUCAGCCUUGAAUUCUCAGACACAAAGAUGUCUGGAUUAGUGGAAGUUCCUGAAAUUGCCAGAAAACUUUCAUGGGUAGAAAACUACUGGCCAGAUGACUCAGUCUUCCCUAAGCCUUUUGUUCAGAAAUAUUGCUUAAUGGGAGUUCAGGAUAGCUACACAGAUUUUCAUAUUGAUUUUGGCGGCACCUCUGUCUGGUAUCAUGUUCUCUGGGGUGAGAAGAUCUUCUACUUGAUCAAACCUACUGAUGAAAAUUUAGCCAUUUAUGAGUCGUGGAGUUCAUCUGUCACCCAGAGUGAAGUGUAUUUUGGAGAUAAAGUGGACAAAUGUUACAAAUGUGUUGUGAAGCAAGGACAUACUUUAUUUGUUCCAACAGGCUGGAUUCAUGCUGUGCUCACAUCACAGGACUGUAUGGCUUUUGGAGGAAACUUCUUGCACAACCUCAAUAUUGGCAUGCAGCUCAGGUGUUAUGAAAUGGAGAAAAGGCUAAAAACCCCAGAUCUUUUCAAAUUCCCUUUCUUUGAAGCCAUCUGUUGGUUUGUGGCCAAAAACUUACUGGAAACUUUGAAAGAACUGAGAGAAGAUGGUUUUCAGCCCCAAACCUUCUUGGUACAAGGAGUGAAGGCUUUACUUACUGCUUUAAAGUUAUGGAUGAAAAAAGAUCUUGUAACGGAACAUGCUUUUGAAAUUCCAGACAAUAUUAGGCCUGGACAGCUCAUGAAAGAACUCUCUAAAGUGAUUCGUUCUAUAGAGGAGGAGAACAGCAAACCAGUUAAAACUCAGGGAAUUAUUGGUGUGUGCCAAGUUUCACGGUCAUCAAAUGAAUCAGCCUCCACUCAUUCCAGAAGAAAAGCAAGGAAGCUACGAGACCAUGCUGUCAAAACUCCUUCUAAUUUGGACAUCCUGGAGCUCCACACAAGAGAAGUCCUGAAAAGAUUGGAGAUGUGUCCAUGGGAAGAGGACACAGCAAAUUAUAAAUUGAAUGGAAGGUUUAACAAGCCUCUUCAGCCAUCUUCUACUGUUCCUGAAUGGCGAACGAAGGACAAUGAUUUACGGCUUUUACUGUCAAAUGGAAGAAUAAUUAGAGAUGAGAGGCAGCCAUUUAGAGAUUCAAGCCUUUACACCGCAGACAGUGAAGAUGAGGAUGACAGGACAAGGUCAAACAAGGAAAGGAUUGUUAAGACAGAAGAGCAAAACUCCCAGGAAGCAGAUGGCAACGCAGAUGCCCAGAAACCACUGAACAUGUUCUUUGAAAGUGUGAAAUCAGAACUCAGGAAUGGAACCUCAGAAUACUCUGAUAUUUCUGAUUCAGAAGAAUCUGAUUGCACUAACCAGCAAAAGGAUUCCUCUUUAGAGGAGUCGGAAAGCUCAGGUGAUGAGAAACAGGAAGUAACUUCAAAUUUUAAAGAGGAAUCUAAAGUAACAAGUAACCUCUGUCAUACCACACAGAAGCCAUCAAGACAUGAAACUGCAAAUUCAAGGGAAUGUCCUACCUCGACAAGUACGGAGGAAGAAGCUAUUCAGGGGAUGCUUUCUAUGGCGGGAUUGCACUAUACCACUUGUUUACCAGGUCAUACACAGAGCACAGACUGCACUGAUCGAAGAAGCUCUCUUCAAGAACACAGAAGCUAUCCCAAAAGUAGGCAUAAAGACAAGCUCUUCUCCCACAGUUAUAAAGCAGAGUGUGGGAAGCACAUCAAAGAAGAAAAAGAUAUGGGAGCUUCAACAUUAGUGACACCAUUACAUACAGUUUCUAAAAUGAACCCUCAGGAUACAAGUAAAACUCAGAAAUACAUUAAGAAGGAAGGCACAUCCGAGGCCAGUUAUAAAAUUCAAGAAAGCAGGAGUCAUUGGCAAAGUAAUAGUUUGAACUUCCAGCAUAGCAAGUGUAUGCGGGACUCCAGCAUGAUUCAAGGGGAGUGUAGACUGAGUGACGGCAGCCUUAGCCCGGACAGGCCAUAUGGUGAAACAUCAUUAUCUCUACCUUUACAUCCAACCAAACGGCCAGCUUCCAAUCCACCCCCUAUCAGCAACCAGGCAACAAAAGGCAAACGUCCAAAGAAAGGAAUGGCAACUGCCAAACAGCGUCUUGGGAAGAUUCUAAAGCUGAACCGAAAUGGCCAUGCACGCUUCUUUGUUUGAUGCAGUAGCUGGUAGAGCUACUGCUUUCCUUUUUAUAUACAGACCAGUAUUGAGGGUAACAGUGCCUGGAGCGUCUGUUGAUUCCUCUGCUUGAAGCGGAAUGCAUGUAUCAUAUUAGAACACUGCCUGAUGAACAAAAACCCAAUGCUGCAUUUUCACUGUGCCACACAUGCUCAGCAAUAACCAGUUGGGAAACAGGGGAAUAUUUGGAGAGACGGUGGAUUCGGGAGAUUUUCUUUCUUUCUUCAGGGCUCAAUCAUUUUGUUGCUAGUAGUAUCUGAGCUAAUUCAUGAACAGAAGAGUGAGAUGAAGGUGGUUAUCAAUAAUUUAUUUGAAAGAUUUUGGCAACUAUUGAAUUCAUUUUUAAGCUAUUUAUUUGGAAAACAUGUUUGUGGGAGUAAUAAUUUUAAUUUUAGAUGUGUUAAUGUGAAGGUUUUUAUUUGUCCUUAAUUAAUGUAUGUUGCAGUGGAGAGUCACAUGAAUGAUUUACUCUGGAGUCAAGCAUUGUGAUAUACAGGUUUUAGUCUUAAACAUGGAUGUGAUGCAUUAUUAAGUUAAGGCACGUGAAAUCACAUUUGUACAUUUCUGUUCUUUGUUUAAGCUCUUGGCUGGCCUUUCCACUGACUUCUAAAGUACAUAUUCUCUGCCAGUUAACCUCCCCCCCUCCUCCUUCUUUUUGCCAUAUAUUCUGGAGUGUGAACUGGCAUAAUGCCAGUAACAGCUCUUGCACCUCUUUCUCCCACCCCAACCCCGCUUGUUCUCAUGUUGUAUAGAAUGAUCCAUGCAAAGCAUGGGCAACAGUACACCGAGGAUAGCACUACAACUAUUGAUUAAGGGUCGACACUUAUGUGCAUUUUGUUGAGGGAGACUAUUAUGGUAGCAGAGUACUGCUCAGUUGUCUGCACAUGCCAGCCAAUUAAAGGUCUUAAGUUGUUCGUGUAUAUAUCUAUAUAUGUAAAUGUGUUCAAUAGCUUGCUAAAUCUCAGAAUGACUAUUUUGUGUCAUGCUUUGCAAAGACCUGGUAGCAAAUGCCAAUUCUGAAAGACAUGUAAAUAACUUAGAUGAUAAAUUUGUAUUUUUGUAAUAUAAAAUUGAAUAUUUAAGCUCUUUUUGGAGGACAAGGAGAGGCACCGAUUCUACUUCAUUGGUAAGAGGGCUACUCAAUACUAAAGUGGGAAUGCUAAGGAUAUUGCUUUGGAUUUGUUGUUGUUGAUGAUCAAGAGUUUAAAGCAUGGCCAAAGCUACUCAGUUGCUUGACUUCUUUUAACUUCAGUAAACAACUUCCCAGCUUUCAGGUUAUAUCUAAAAUAAACUCUCUAAAAGUCCUGAAAUAGGACUUUGCUGUGCUUAAGCAGUUUUAUAUAUUCAAUAUUUGCUGCAACUAUGUGUAUGUGUAUACAUCUAUAUUAGACUAUACAUAUUAUCCUUCGUCACUCAUCAAAACAGACAUUAGUCAAGCGUUCCAGUUACUAAGACUUGGGCAAAUUUCUCAGUGGAAACAUUUCAAGGCUGCACUCCUUAACAAAGUUGCUAACAUUCACAUCUUGUGCAUUUAAAUGGGCUUAACUGUGCAUAACCACAUGCAGGAUGACAGCCAAAAUAUUAAAGUAGUAAUCUUAAUUUGGAGUAAGCCCCACUGAAACCAAUGGGACUGACUUCUGAGUAAAUACAGCUAGCACUGGAGUGUAACUGGGCCAAAAUAGAUCAGAUGAUGAAUUUGUGUCCUAGGUUUUGGAAAUGGCUACAUGGUUUUUCUUCACCCUGAUUUCUUCUUUGUUUCUCAGCACAGUAGGUGUCAACAUUGUGUCUGGAUUGUAAAUCCAAACUGGAGAAUUUGUAUGUUGCCAGCAUUACACAUAGAACACAUUACAGAGAGAGAACCCAAUGCUUCCUUUGAAAAACUGUAAUUACCUGUUAAUCUCAAGUAAUCCACUUGUCAGUAUUGAUAAAAGUAAACAAUCCUUUCAAUAGUCCAUAUCUUUUAUCUGAACUCUAGCACAUUUAGUUGAAAUAUCUGUAUUGUAUGUUCUUGAUACCUCUUAAAAUAAGAUUAGGGCUCCUUUCGGUAUAGGAAGAAAAACAGUUGUAAGGUGCCAGGUUUUGAAGCACUGGUUUAGUUCUAAAGCAGCUAUUUUUAGUAAGCCAUAUCUUCUUUUUUGCUUAAGAUGUUCCAAACAAAUUCAGAGAGGAGUAAAACUUGUUGAAGCUGAGACUGAAGACACAAUUCAGUGAAGGAUAAAUAUAUUGGAAUAAUUAAACUGGACUCUUUCACUGGACCGGUGUUGCUAACAGGUCUCAUAACUGGUCUAGUUUCUUGAAACAUAUCUUCAUAACUAAAAUGUAUAGAUUUAGCCUCAGCUGUACACUAGAGGGAGGAAGAGGAAGGGGUACGCUAUGGUUAGAACCAUACAUUUAAUGGGUGUUCUCCAUUACCUUUUCUAACACUGCCCCCAUUGUCAUGAGCAUGCAAACAUCUCUUCAUUGUCUACCAAAAAAAAAAAAAAAGGAACUAAAUUUUAAAUUCCGCUUGACCAUGUUUCAAAACAGAAAUUGAGGGAAAUAUUCUCCUAGCAUUUUGUUUCACUUAAGCAAGGCACUUACUGAAAUAAGACUUGGGAUUAGGCUGCAAGACUUAUUUUGAAGAAGAAAUUCACUAAAUACACUAAAUGUGUGUGAAAAUGAAUUGCCCUGGAAAGUGGCAACCAGUUCUUUUUGGUAACUUGAUGAAGAGAUUGUAAUGGCCAGUCGUGUGUGUGUGUGUGUGAGAGAGAGAGAGAGAGAGAGAGAAUAUUCACAUGUUAACUUGCUUGGUAGAAAUCCCUGUUACACCCACCUUUACAUAUGUCCAUUGUCUGAAUUUGGUGCUGUAGCCCUGUCUUUGUCCUCUUACUUCCUUGAGGAGGGGGAGGGGGAAGCAGUUCUCAAGUCAUUUUUGGCAGAAGGCUGCUGUGUCCUCAGUGUAAACUCAUUUUCAAAUAGGAGAUUUCUGAAAUAAUUGGACCAAUAAUUUCAACUGUAGAGCAGAAUUACUAUAUAGACAAGUCUUCCCCUUAGAGGGGAGAUAAAUGUGAAAUGGAAAUGUUUGGAUUUUGCCUUUCUCCAGAUCUCUUCUAACUUUACUUUUGAAGAGAGAAGAUUGAAAAUAGGGCAUCUGUGCUGUGGUUGUGUCAGCAACCACUCCAGCAACAUUUCUUUUUAUCCUUCUACUAUAUUUACUAAUGAACCCAGGCUCUGUGGUAGAUUUACCUAUGCAAUCGGUAACCUUGACAUACAAUCAUUCCCAAACCAUUUCAAGAACAAGAGCCUUUCUGGCCACAGUUGUGUUAUAAGCUGAAUAGCUCAUAUUAAUAUUCUUGGCCACAUCCACUGAAACUUUUACUUCACCCAAGCUUUUAACAUGCCACAGACUGCCUUCAUUCACUAGGAUGCGUAGUCAUUAAACACUGAAACCUUUCUAAACCUCCAAACGACUCCAGGCUGACUCAGUAGCUUUCUAACUCAGUAACUUGGAACUUGGAAGAAACUGAGGAGGUCCAAUAUUAUAAAUGAUGAGAGACCCCGUGCAUAGUGCCUCUUCUCCCCCAUGAUUUCUGUGCCACCAAAAAUCUCAAGGUGUCUUUUAAAAAAUGCUUUUUAUAAUUAUACGAAUAACUUGCAUCAUACUUCCAGACCAUUAAAAGCUGUUCAUGUUCCUGGGCUGAAGUUGAAGCCAGGGCAACUUUAUUUUGUGGAAGAAAUAUAGACUGAACUAAGGGCCUUACUGUUUUGUAGUUAAACUGGAUUAAAAGCUGCAACAUCCUCCCCCCCCCAAAGGCAAAGUUCUGUACGAAAUGAGUCAAUCAUGCAGCACUGGGUGAGAAUGAGACUAGCACUGAUGAUGGAAUGCAGCUACUGCUAAAGCUGCAUUUCCACCUGGAAAAGGACUUUUCUACUUUUGAAUAUAAAUUUAAGCCAUAAUAAUUUCUUGUUGUGGGAAAGGAAUGAAAUAAAUCACUUUAAGAGAUUAUAUUAAUAUGAAUUAUCACUUCUGCUGGGAAAAGUUUAACUUUGCCAGUGCUUUGGCAUUUUUAAAAUAUUCAUUUGAAAAAAGGGGAUAGGUCUUGGCUAUAUUUACUAGUUUUGUAGUACUGUUUUGCUGACUUGUCUUUUUGUCACUCCUUUUUCUACUGUCAUAAUCUAAUUUCUAACUGUUUUGAAUGUUUGUGAAAUAGCUGUCUUCUGAAUAGGGAUUUGUGUCUCCUCUGCUCCUUUUUAUAAAAACGCACUACUGUGUGGAGUGUUUUGGCUGGGAAUUGGGAUGCUGAAGCUUUAAGAGCAUUUUUUUUCAAUUUAUAACAGUGUUUCCCAUCCCAUUUUUGCCUGCAGGCAGGGAAAUUCUAUGUACAGUAUUUAUUUUGUUCCAGUUUUACUUUGAAAUUUGUAAGUUUCUACAAGUAGUUCACUGAUUUACUGUUUGGAGGACAAGUGGCUUGUUUAAAUUUGUAUUUGACCAUAGUUUCCACUUUCUGUAUUUUAAAAUACUGAAAUUAAAAUCUGUAUUACUUAUGUUUUUUAUUUUA